UGACGAGGGGUCACGUGACCCACGCUAACCGCCAUCUUUCCUUAUCGUAUAAACAGUGCGACCGGGCGCAGCGCGAAUUCUCGUCGUAGAAUCGUGGAUUUCCCAGUGUUUUUGAGUGAUUUGCGCACGAAGAGAUGUCCGACACCAAGACAGAGACCAAGAGCGACAACAACGUCGAGGAUACGUCCAAGGAACAGUCGACGGAGGAGAAGCCGACUCCGACGAAAAACAAACGAAGCGGCACCAAGAGGCUCUCCACCCUCGAAAGGACUGCCCAGGAAGGUGAAGCGAUCCUAAAGGGCAUGAACAAAUCCGUUGGCGAGGUAGAAGGUAGAAGACGCACCCGCAGUUCAGCCAGAGGCCUAACUUCGACGACGCCAGUGCCAUCGCCACCCAAAAAAGAAAAGAGAGAAACAUCGACGAGGGGCACCGGUGGCCGCGGGCGCGGACGUCCGAAGAGGCAAGAGAAAAACAAUGAAAACAACACGGACGAGGAGACAUCCAACAACAAAAAUGAGAAGCACAUGGAAGAGGAGUCUACAAAGAUGGAAGUAGACGAGGAGAAAGAGGAGAAGGAGAGCAAGACGAUAGAGAACGAGGACAAGAAGGCGGAGGGGGUGGAUAGUAAAGACGCUGAAAAAACGUCCGAGAUCAACUCCAAGGAGGAAAAAGUGACGGAGGAAUCCGAAAACGUGGACGAAGCUAAGAGCACCGCUCCCAGCGAAGAGAAGAAACAGGAGGAGGUGAAAGACAGCUCGGACUCGAGUCAAGAUGCAACAGACACAGCAGCGGAAGCGCCGCCCUUAUCUUCAUCGGAGUCCCAAAAUCCCUCCAAUGCUGUCACUACCGAGGAAAAUAAGGAAUAACUUCGCCUUUUACCAUCUCUUUUACGAGAUAUCAAGGCGGCGCACAUAUUGGGGUCACACAAAUCCGGUCCCCUUCGUCUAUUUUAACUAAUUAACACCUUCUUGUCGAUCGUUGCUUCAACCAGCGCACUAGUUUCGCUUUUACUUUGACACGCUUCCGUACAACGAAAGCUGUCGAAAGGCAUAAUAAAGAUUCCCAAAAGACGUUAUUAGAGCCCGUUGCAUCGUCGUGAAUUAACUCUAAUCGUCUGUGCAACUUCUAUAAAUUUCCCAGUUUUUCAGUGUCUUUUGGACCUUUGCGCUGUUCAAGCCAUCAUUACGCUUCCGCGUUGUAUUUUUUUUUACUGCACUACAAAUUUAAACCCUAAUUAAAGCCUAAAGAUCUUUUUACCAUGAUAUAUUCAUUGACAGAUAUUAUUUCCGUUAGCGUUACUACUUCGUGUGUUAUUCUAUAUAUAUAUAUCAUAUAUCUAUACAUAUAUAUAUAUAUAUAUAUAUAAUAUAUAAUAUAUAUGUAUGUAUAUGUAUCAUGUACAUUUUAAUAUUUUACUCUCGUUGUUUUACUUUCGUAAAAAUCCUUUCGUCGCGCUGGUUAGUUAGCGAUAAGCAACGCGAGGUGUAGAGCAUACGUUGUUCAUGUACAAUGAUAAUAUUAUUGUAAAAUAUAUUUAAUAUGGACUUAUAUAGAGAGAAAAGUUGUUUUCAAAUCAGAGCUGACAUCCAGGUCCUGUAAUAUAAUGCCUACGAUUCAGAUCUGAUGUGGAAGUAGCUGGAAGAUUAAUUCGUACAUAGUAAAUUACUGUAAUACCUUUAUCGUAUAUAAAUAGUGACUGAAUGAAAUGGAAUAUAUGAGAAUUAUGGUGAAAUGAUUUCUCUUUUUCAUGGAUUUAAGCGAAAAUAAAAUUUCUGAGAAACGCGCCGCAGCGUUAUCUGUUGUUUUCCUCCCUCAAGUACAAGUGUCUACUAAUGACUUUCUACCGUUGUCGUUAUUACUUUUGCCGCCGAGCAAACUAACAACUCCGAUUAUAUACGUUCUUUCUCUAUACCUAAAAAUGAGCCAUUUGAAUGGAAAUUUUUCACUGUCCCAUCAUUUGCUGCAACUUGGCGUUGCGAGGUCUUUUAGCAACCCUUGACAUCCGAUUUUGAUUAUUAGUCCAAUAUUAAAUAUGUUAAUAUUAUUGUGUAUUUGAACUGUGUUGUGUGAGUGUACAGAUAGAUUAUACGAUUGACGAUGCACUAUAUCUAGAGGAGUUCGCACGGUUGAUGAGACACCAAUAGUACCACGCGAGUCUAACACAGCAUGUUUUACUAUGUAAAUGUGUGCAAUGAAGAGAGAGAUUCCCCGUGGACACGCGUGGACGCGUUUCAGUUUUGGACUCGCGGGGAUCUCGCAAUGAAAAUUCAAACUAUGUAUUAUGCGAUGAAGGAUUUCCUGGCCUCUAAUGCCAAAUCAGUUCUUUCUUUACAUCAAGUCGUUCCGGCACGAGAGUAUAGUAUAACUAUAAGUAUUUCCUUGUGCACUUCCGAAGGAUUUUUAUCAGACCUGUAUGUUAAUGAAGAGACGUAGGAUAUAUCAUUCCAAUUCUUCUUUCUCCAUUAUUUACAUCGAGAUAAAUAUUCGAGUAUGUCCAUUCUGAGAUUUUCGAUUGUAAAUAGUAAAAGAUCAAGUGUAAUAUACGUGUAAAUAAUUUACCACUAAGCUUCGUGUAUCACACUGGACCUUUUCUUGAUUACCUUGCGAAAUCUCAGUUCUUAGAGUGCCUCUAGCGUUAGCACGUUGUACGAUAAACGAACAUAGAAAGAUCCGCCGAUUAAAAAAAAAAAAUCAAAACCAGACCCUGUAACAAGUUUCGUUAGCUGUAUUUGCUUUUAAGAUGUAUCGUAGGAGUAAUCUUUUCUUUUUCGCAUACAUAUAUGGGGGAGAUUAUUGUACGGUUCGAUAUUAGAAUUUCUAUGAAAUAUACGCUGAUGUAAGAGAAUA